AUGGUGGUCUCUAUGAAGAUGAAUAUGGUGUUACAGAAAAGGAAUUUAAUGUUCGAUAGAGAGAGAAACAUUUACAGCUACAAGAGCACAAGCAUAUCAUGCAUGGCCAAGGAGUUGCCCAUGCAUAACCAAAAUCUGUACAAACUUCUUUCAUUGGAAUCCCGGAAUGUUAGUUUGGAUGAGAUCAAGAAGGCAUAUCGAGCCAAGGCUCUGCAACUUCAUCCUGAUGUAUGUCGAUCUUCCAUUACAGAUGAACGCACAAAGCAAUUCGUGGAGUUACACAAGGCCUAUGAAGUUCUUUCUGAUCCAAAAUACUCGGAGAGUGUAUGA